GGAACAUCGUGACGCAUCCAAAAAUUAUCAGAUUGCCGAAUUCGUCUUGAUCGUUAAACGUCUUCAGCAUUAUCAUCACUAAAAAGCAGAAUCCAUUGGUUUAUCUAUGGGAGAACUUGGUACUUAAAGAAAAUUCGCUUACAGGCGCCGCUUAUGAAACAUAAAUCUGUCAGUAAAUGACACAUAAUUACGAAACUAAAUGUUUCCUCCAGGUGAUGACAGAUUUUCAGGAGAUGAUUGUGACGUUUUACAAAGUCAUGGAUUAUCGAAGGCUUUUCAGUGUUUGAUGCGGGUAAAUUUUGAAAAUUCAUCUUCAAAAUGUCAAAUUGACCACUCAAAUGAGUGAGAAUGUGAUAAUAGCAGGCGUCAUUACCACUUACACACCACUGCAUGAUAGCAAGUUGAAUACUCUGUCCAAUGUAAAUUAAAUACACAUUAAUUGAGAGAUCUGAUGUCCAACAACCGGCCCCGAGGGCUGCAUAUAUUGCAGUUGAAUUUGUGUCGUUAAUUUUCAUAUUAAUUAGAAUUUUCUGAAGUAUCGUUAGCACUGAAAUAAAUAAUGAACCGCCCAAAAGGACAAUGAAGCCUGCUCUUCCCAACAAUUUAUUAUUUUCCAUUAUUUUUUGGGACUGCAAAUUUCUGAUAUCUGACCAAUCCCUCGCGGCAGAAAUUAUCAUGUAAGCCAUAUUUUUCCAAUAAAUUCUUGGAAGUGUCAUUUUCACGAUCCCCAGUAGUGCACUCGGUAUGCCAACAGUUGACACUAACAUAUCAUUAAGAUUACCACAAUUUUGUAAAAGGUCUUUUGUUAAAGUUGUUGCCAUUGAGAUCUGUAAGAAUUAAUCAGUGGGUAUUGAUAUUAAUCGAAUGAGAAUCCGAUUCCACAUCGAUAUAAAAGAUCUAUUUAAAUUGCUGAACGCCUAUUUUAUUAUCAGGGAAUUUUUUUUAAAUAGUUAAAAGUCCUUGGAAGUGAAGAAGAAUUCGACCGAAGUGUAAAGAAAAUUCUGAUCCGGGAAUUCUCAACUGAAAGGCAAUGGGAAUAUCUACAAGAUGGCUUUAAAAAAUGGUUCACUUUUUCUGAAUCAGAUGAAACACGUUGAGAUUGAUUUGAAAAAGCCGAAUAAUUGCCACAAUUGUUCAAAAACACGAGGUGGAGCCGCCGCCAUCUUUGAAGCGGUAAAUAAGAUGGCGGUCUCUUCUUUAAAUUCUUUAAAAUAAUUCUUUACAUUUAUCUAUUAUCUUCAACUUAGUGUUAACUCAUUUCUCAUUGUUUUUAUAAAUAGGUUUCAAAGCAAAUUUUUCGUUUAUUUCGCCGUAAUAGCUAGGGCGCAAAUUUUCUCAACCUUUCAAUAAUUCAAGUACCAGUGUUAUUAUACAAAACCAGAAACGAAUUUUAGCAAAUGUUUUGUCACACGUGAAUGGCCAAAUUCCCAUGAGUUCUGAUGUGAUUUUGUACAGUUGAAAAUCGUGUUGUGCUUCUGUAUUCCACACAUCUUCAUACUUUAAUUUUUUCAUUCCUAUUUCUUCUUCACGCGAUUUUAAUACACAGUAAAAUUCCAGUAUUUCAUCUAUUCGUUUGAAAAGUUGCUCAUUAGUAAUUAUGAUUGUGAAGACAAUAAGGAGUCAAAUAUUUCCAAGGGAUGAAGAAAUGAAUUUCGCAAUGUUUGAAGUACGAGUUACUGAUGCGCAUGAUUCACGCACUUGUUCCACCCCAUGUUGAUGUAUGAAAAAUGUAUAUGCAGCUUUCGCAGGCGACUUAGUACACACGUAGGAUAAUGAAGGAGUAAGUAAAUGUUACCGAGAAAAAGAGGGAUAAAAUGGGGGAAGAAAUGGGCGAGUGGAGACAAAAAACUAAAGUAGAGAGGAAUACGACGCGGAAUUACAGGGUAAUCGUUGAAUCGAUACACCAGACUUGUACUAUAUUAUUUACUUUCUGUUCUUUCCCUCUAAUUUCUCCCCUUUCUUCCCCGAUUCGCGACACAGUAUUGUUACAAUAUUUUCCCUACACAGUUAUCCUAGAGAACUCGAACCGUUUUCUUUUUAUCUUUCGUCUUUAUCCCUUCCGGAUGUUUUGCCUCACUGCAAUAUUUUUUCUGUUAAUAAAUUUAUUUUCCCAAAACCUGAACUAGAGUUAUCCAUGAAAAUUAUUCAAACGGCAGUUUUUUUUAAUAAAAUGAAUUCAAACAGAUAUUCCUGCGAUAUUUUCUCACUGAAUUGCCCACCUCAUCCAAAUUCUCCUAUACACGUUUAAGGACAUAAAUUAAGAGAUUAACGAUGUUAAUUAGGGACUUUUAACUUGUAAAUUACUAGGUGGCAAUCGUUAUUUAUGUUUAUGUUUUAAUCAGCAACGAGUUUACGAUUUCGCGCUCUUCACGCUGAGUUUUUAUGAGAAACGACGAUUUGUAGAUCAACGUCGGUUCGACAUGAAGAUGAGGUUAACAAAUCCGAUUUGUCGUAAUUGAUAGUUUUGAGAGGAAAAAUUAAACUGCGUAGUAAUCAUUCCAAGGACAAGGACAAAUGCGUUGCGGUUGACACUAGCAAGAGGAUGGCACAACAGGAUUUUCAAAAGCCUCUGACUGGGGGCGAAACCACAGCAUCCAAUCUGUCAAGAGCUCUAAUUGCAACUUCGGUCGAGCACAAACCCUUGCCAGGAUUUGAUAUGGAUCGUGAUGAUCCGCGAUAUUAUCGUCUCCAACAAGAAAUUGAUUGCGACCUCGUGUAUCCUGGAAUUUUAAUUGGCGAUGCGGCCACAGCUAAAAACAAGAGCUAUUUAAAACGCAUCGGUGUCACUCACGUAUUGAAUGCAGCCGAAGGGACUCGUUUCGGGUUCGUCCCGACGAACAAGGAAUACUACAGAGACGUCAACAUGACGUAUUUGGGAUUGCCUCUGGCAGAUUUACCAUCGGUAGACAUCAGUAAAUAUUUCUACACAGCAGCUGCAUUCAUUGAUGACGCCAUGAAAAGCGGAGGGAAAGUCUUCGUUCACUGUAUGGUGGGAGUGUCUCGCAGUGCGACAUGUGUUAUCGCUUACCUGAUGAUAAAACGUCACCUUUUGGCAGAAGAGGCGAUUCGUUUGAUACGAAAGAGUCGCAGCAUUCAUCCAAAUGAGGGCUUCCUGUAUCAAUUAGCACGACUGGACAAUCAGCUUCGUCGUCAUCGUCUCUAACGAUGACAAAUCGAUUACUCCCUUUACGAACUUAUUUAUCUAAUUUAUUUAAUUCCAAUCUAGAGCGGGCGAUAUAUUUGUAAAAAGAAAAUGGAUCAUGCUUUUUUAAUCAACAUUUAGUUUAAUUACCUGUAGAAAGUACGCUGUAAUAAAAUUGAAGUUUAUCUAA